AGAUGGUGACGGUUCGUUGGAACUUGAUUUAUAGAUAGUCGAAAGUUCACAGGGAGUGUAGAAGUAGAUUUGUGUGUAAAUUUCUUCUUCGCGCCCUACCGGGUGUAGGUGCAUCGAAGAAAAGGGAAAGUAUUACCGUCCCGGAUUUGAAUUACACAUGAUGGCGAAUCUGAGACAAACUCCGCUGACGUGUAGUGGACAUACUAGACCAGUGGUGCAUCUUGCAUUCUCCGAUAUCACUGAAUCUGGAUAUUAUUUGAUUUCGGCUUGCAAAGAUGGCAAUCCUAUGUUACGACAAGGUGAUACUGGAGAUUGGAUUGGAACAUUUGAAGGACACAAAGGAGCAGUAUGGGGUGUCGCAUUAAACCCACAAGCUACACGAGCUGCUUCUGGUGCUGCAGACUUUAAUGCUAAAGUUUGGGAUGCUAUUAAAGGGGAAGAAAUUCAUUCAUUUCAACAUAAACAUAUUGUAAAAUCUGUAAACUUUAGCACAGAUUCAAAUCAUUUAUGCACCGGUUCUAAUGAGAAACUUGUAAGAAUCUAUGAUCUUAACAAACCCGAAGCAGUACCACAGGUUUUCUCAGGUCAUAAAAAUUAUAUCAGGCAUGUUACCUUCUUCAAUAAUAACACAGCAUUGAUUACUUGUGGCGAUGAUAAAACAUUGAGAGUUUGGGACAGAAAUAGUGGCCAAGAAGUAAAGAGGUUAGAUUUUCCAGCAAUCCCAAAUUCCAUGGAAGUAUCAAGGGAUGGAAAUAUUAUUACUACAACUCAUUCCAAUAUAGUCACUUUCUGGAAUAGCAGAGAAUUAACUAAAUUACGUGAGUACACUGCGCCAACACAAAUGAAUAGUGCCAGUUUGCACCCAGAUCGUAGUAUUUUUGUAUGUGGAGGAGAAGACUUAAAAAUGUAUAAGUUUGACUAUGCUACAGGUGCAGAAAUUGAAUCAUUCAAAGGGCACUUUGGACCUGUGCAUUGCGUACGUUUCUCACCAGAUGGUGAAUUAUAUGCUAGUGGUUCAGAAGAUGGUACCUUGAGAUUAUGGCAAACAACUGUUGGUAAAACUUAUGGUCUCUGGCGAUGUAUAGAACAAGCACCUGCAAUACAAGAAACUGCUGCUGUGCUUAAUAAUAAACAAGAAGUUCCUGCCAGUUAAAAAUCUAACAAUUCAUAAAUAGUGUAAAGUAUUUUAACAUCCAAAAAAAAAGAAAAAAAAAAGAGAAAAAAGAAAAAACACUUUAUUAAUAGAAGUGUAUAAAUGAAACAACAAAGAACGAAUUUUCACGAUGAUUCGUAUCGAAAUUGUAUUUAAUCGGCUGAUGUGUGCAUGUCUGCCAUACGUUUUGUAAAUAUCAAAUCUUUAUGAAACAUCUUAAAUCAGCCUAUCAAUCGUGGUACUCCGGAGAAGACUAAAAAGCGGACCAACCUUCAUUGUAGUCUGAUAGAUCGUGGAAGUGUGGGACGCCGUUCACUAUUUAUUAUAAAGAAGAAAAAAAAAAAAAAAGAAACAUUAACAUUUAUUAACGUUAUACAUGUCACUAUUAUACUACAAAAUUAGAUAGAAGUGUAAUGACAAAAAGAAAGACAAUUCAGAAUUAAAUUUUGUGUUCGCAUUUGUUAUUUUCGUGUUAUAAUUACUAUACAAGUAUAAAAACGAUUUGCCUGGGACGAUGCCAGCACAACUCCUUUACAAUAUACAUAUCACUCAUCCGCCCAUUAUGAUAUCCACUUGUUUAUUUCUUUUACCUAACAAGUGUCAAUAUCAAGAAGAACCAUGACAAUUUAUUGAAGUCCUCUUUAUCCUCACACUGAGAUCACUGUACAAUAUUCCCUUCAAACUGGCAAUGACAGCUUUAUACAAAGGCACAUCGUGUACUGACCUCUUUACACUUUCGUUAUUCAAGUACAUCUUCUCUUGUGAAUUAAA